AUGUUGCCUUGGAAGGACAAAGGAUGCACUCCAGUUCGCCUAUACCAUCCAGGCUGGGGAUUCUUGUUCCGCGAUCGCUCAAGCACACGGAAUCACAGAGGCCGAUGUACAAACCUAGAACAUAGGACUGGCUCGGAUGCGAAACCUAUCUUAGGGAUCACUUAUCUGCGUUGGUCCUGGAGAGCACCCAAUGCCAGUUGCUCGUCCGCAUGCUGUUUGCGGUCCUUGGUUGCCUGGAAAAACUCGUCCCUUAGCGAACCUACAUUGAGUACUACGUUGAAUGCCACAAUUAAGUCAUCAUCUACCUCUACUUCUACAUCUCAGUCUACCUCUACAACAAUCGCUAACACCGACAAGUCAAGUGACACAUGGGAAUUCAUUCUUCUCACCAAGGAAGACUGCAGAGGCCCUUACAUCGCGAUAAAACGACACCGCGCGGAUCCUUCAAAGGGAUGCUUGCACUGUCACAAGGGUCUUGGGGCCGAUGAAACAAACACGGGCGAACCUUGCAAAUUUUGA